GCAUCUCUCAGAGGUUCUCUUCUUAUAUUUAAAUGGAGUUCCUUGGCUUCCAUUACCAAGCAAAUUGAGUAACAGUUCUGCAAUGGCUCCCUCUUCUCUUGUCUUUCUCUCCUUCAUGCUCUGCUCUGGUCUCCUUUCUGAAGCUCGGGGACUCCCCAUCUCUUCUCUUGUUACUAAGGAACUCUUUGAUGGCAUCUUCAUACACAAGGACGACAAUGCAUGCCCUGCUAAGGACUUCUACACUUAUGACUCAUUCAUUCAAGCAACAAGAUGCUUCCCUACAUUUGGUAAUACAGGAGGUUUAGCUACCCGUAAGCGUGAAAUUGCAGCUUUUCUUGCUCAAAUUUCCCAUGAAACUACAGGAGGAUGGGCUACUGCACCUGAUGGACCCUAUGCUUGGGGUCUGUGCUUUAAAGAGGAAGUUAGUCCACAGAGUGACUACUGCGACUCUACCAACACUGAAUGGCCUUGCUACCCAGGCAAAUCUUACAAAGGAAGAGGCCCUAUUCAAUUAUCUUGGAAUUACAACUAUGGGCCAGCUGGGAAGGCCUUGGGGUUUGAUGGCCUGAGAAACCCAGAGAUAGUGUCUAACAACUCCAUGACAGCAUUCAGAACAGCUCUUUGGUUUUGGAUGACUGAACAGAAGCCAAAGCCCUCUUGUCACAAUGUGAUGGUUGGGCGAUAUGUGCCCACAGCAGAAGAUGUUGCAGCCAAUAGGACAGCAGGUUUUGGGUUGACAACUAACAUUAUAAAUGGCGGACUUGAGUGUGGAAUCCCUAACGAUGGACGGGUGAAUGACCGGAUCGGCUAUUUCCAGAGAUAUGGAGCACUGUUUAAAGUUGGCACUGGGCCUAACUUGGAUUGUGCAUAUCAAAAAUCCUUCUGAUCAUAGCCUCUCCUUUUGUUUAACCAUGGCUAAUACCCCCAGAACUUCAACUCCAUUGUAUUGAGGCCUAGCCUUGACUUUGCCCCGGAGAUUUAAUUUGGGAGUGAAAAUAUUGGAUGAUAAUAAGAACAUUGAAGAGAAUUGAAUGUAAGAACUACUUGUAAUGAAAGCUCCUUUUUCACA